AUGGCAAUGGAAGAGCUCGACGAGUUCGAGGUGCUUUGGCCGGAGCCGGAGACCUGCCACGCCCACACGCACGAGCCGCCGCCGCCGCCGCCGACGAGCCUGUCACAUGUGCCAGUGCAGGCGGCGCAGCCAUCCGACGCGUCUGCGGCGCGCUCUCGGCCCGUGGACGUUCCCGCCCCCAAGGCUGCCCCUGCCCGCUCCUGGCGCUGGAGCAGGCCGAGGGACGACAGCGGUGACCAUGACGACGACAACGGCUGCGUGAUCGUUCCGCCACACUUGCUGCUGUCGGCCGGAGGCUGUCGGCGAUCGGAGGCGGAGCCGGCGGCGUGGACGCUGCGGGCGUCAGUCGGCCCGCCGUGCAAGCGGGCGCGCGACCUGCGCCACCUCCGCGACUCCGUGCUCCGGAUGACCGGCUUCAUUGAAGGGUGA